AUGGCCACAACUUCGGAAACUGCUUCCCCUAUUGGCAUUGCCAACCUCCCUAAUCAGCGGCACAAGAUUGUCGCUAAGCGGGGUGCGGCUUUCACUAUCAUGGUUGCUGGAGAAUCGGGAUUGGGAAAGACCACGUUUAUCAACACCCUGUUUUCGACCACUAUCAAGAAUUAUGCCGAUCACAAGCGUCGCCAUCAGAAGCAGAUCGACCGGACGGUUGAGAUCGAGAUUACCAAGGCAGAGCUAGAGGAGAAGUUCUUCAAAGUCCGCCUGACCGUCAUUGAUACCCCCGGCUUCGGCGACUAUGUGAACAACCGUGACUCCUGGCAACCAAUUAUCGAGUUCCUUGAUGACCAGCACGAAUCGUACAUGCUUCAGGAGCAGCAACCCCGCCGCACAGACAAGAUCGAUAUGCGUGUUCACGCCUGCUUGUACUUCAUCAGACCCACGGGCCACACUUUGAAGCCUCUUGAUAUCGAGGUCAUGAAGCGGUUGAGCUCUCGAGUCAACCUUAUUCCCGUUAUUGCCAAGGCCGACACUCUUAGCCCUACUGAUCUUGCCCGUUUCAAGCAGAGAGUCAAAGCUGUGGUCGAAGCUCAAGGCAUCAAGAUCUACACCCCUCCUAUCGAAGAGGACGACGAGCACGCUGCCGCCCACGCUCGCAGCCUGAUGGCUGCUAUGCCCUUCGCUGUGAUUGGAUCCGAGAAAGAUGUGAAGACCAACGACAACCGGGUAGUAAAGGGUCGCCAAUAUGCUUGGGGUGUUGCCGAAGUCGAGAACGAGGACCACUGUGACUUCAAGAAGCUGCGCUCUAUCCUGAUCCGCACUCACAUGCUUGAUCUCAUCCAUACCACCGAGGAGCAGCACUACGAAGCCUACCGCGCACAACAGAUGGAAACAAGAAAGUUCGGCGAGGCCAGACCGAGAAAGCUGGAUAAUCCGAAGUUCAAGGAAGAGGAGGAGGCUCUGCGGAAGCGUUUCACCGAGCAGGUCAAGGUCGAAGAACAGCGAUUCCGCCAGUGGGAGCAGAAGCUCAUUUCCGAGAGAGACCGCCUCAACAAGGAUCUGGAGGCCACCCACGCUGCAAUCAAAUCGCUCGAGCAAGAAAUCGAGGCGCUGCAGGGCUCGACCACCCGGAGUCACGGACGUCGUUAA